AUGCAACUCCUCCGGUUCUUGCUUUUGGGCUCGCAGAGCGCGGCAAUAGCUGCUGCAGCUGCCAUCGACCUUGCUGCCCGGUCUGUGGCCAGCGAUCUUCAGAGCCUGGCCCCGGCCUCUUCCGUCGCUGUCCAGCUCCGGGAGCGGUGGAGUGAGGUGGACGCGCCCGUGGCCACUGUUGUGUUCAAUGCGACCAGUGAGGAGGACAUCAGUGCAACGGUCAAGUACUGUGUCCAGAAAAAGAUCCCCUUCGUCGCCCAGAACGGCGGCAAUGGGUGGGCAACAGGUCAGUUCAACCUGGGCAGCACGGGCGUUCUCAUCAACCUGGCCGGCCUGAACCAGGUCAGCGUCAGCGCGGACAAGAAGACGGCCACGAUCGGCGGCGGCGCCAUCAUCAGCGAUGUCAUCACAGCCGCCGACGCCGCGGGCGUCCUGGUCCAGACGGGCAACUGCAACUGCGUAGGGGCCCUCGGUGCGUCCCUGGGCGGCGGCUACGGGAACCUCGUCGGCGAGCACGGGCUCGCCGUCGACAACAUCCUCGAGCUGCGCGUCGUGACAGCCACGGGCGAGGCACUCACGGCCUCGAGCACGACCAACCCAGACCUGUUCUGGGCCCUGCGCGGCGCAGGUCCCAACUUCGGCAUCGUCACCUCGGCGAAGGUGAACGCGUUCCCGACCGACGACCGCACAGCCCUGAUCGUCAACUUCACCUUCGACUCGGCAAAGAUCGCCGCCGUGGCCCAGGCCGUCCAGGACCUGGCCCUCCUCCCGCAGCAGGUCGUCUACAUGAUACUGUCCAACUCUGCCGACGGGACCAACACCCCCACGGUGGUCAUCACGGGCUUCCUCCGCGGCGGCACGGUGGAGAGCGGGCGCACCGCCUACGCCUCGCUCUACGACCUCGGGCCCCUGACGAACUCGAGCGCCGUGACGCCCUACCAGGGCUGGAACGCAGCCAACGACCCCUUCUGCACGCGGGGAGGCCGCAAGCCCGCCUUCAGCACCACCAUCGACAACAUGAACUCCCAGAACUGGCCGCAGAUCUGGGACCUCUACAAGGGGUUCCAGGCGCAGCCCGGGGCGCAGAACUCGGCGAUGCUGAUUGAGCGCUACAACCUGACGGCGGCGCAGGCUGUGCCAGCCGGCUCGACGGCCUUCGCGGAGGAGAAGCGCCACGAGGCGUUUGCGCAGGCCAUCGUGAUCCCAUGGUACGAGGACGCGGCGCUCGACGCGCAGGCUGAGGCGUUUGGGGCGCAGGUCAGGGACAUCUGGAAGUUUUCGCCGAGUGCGGUCUCGAACCCCACAUACAUCAACUUUGCCCAUGGUGAUGAGGAGUUGCAGGCCAUCUAUGGGUCCGCCCUGGACCGACUGAGGACGCUCAAGCAGCAGUAUGACCCUUCUGGUGUCUUCAAUCAGUGGUUCCCGAUCAAGUGA